AUGGCGGACGAGAUGUUGUUUGAGGCCCCACUAGCUCAGUUCGACUGCGAAGAAUGGAACUCUCUGGACGAUGAUGAUGCUAAUUAUAGCAGCAGCAGCAACAACAACAACAAUAACAACAUUAAUAAUGUUAAUAAUAACAUUAGCACCAACAACAUCAGCCAAAAUGACAAAAAUGACAUUAAAAAAAACCUUAACCAUUUUACCACAACUGCUAACUAUGACGCCAUAAUCAACAACAACAAUAACACCAUCACCAACAACAACAUCAACAACGUAAGCAGAUUCUCAAGCAUUUGCGAUAACAUUAAAAAUAACUACAACAACAACAUCAAUAACAUUAAGAACAACAACAACAUCAACAACAACAAAAACAACAACAAUGUCUACCAGUAUAAUAGAUAUAAUAUACUGAAUUCAGCCGCUGUCAGGACCCUGAUGAUGAUCCAAGAAAACAAAUUUAACAACAACAACAUCAACAACAACAACAGCAACAACAUUAACAAUGACAACAACAACAACAACAACAUAGAUAAAACAGCGCUUCUUGAAUCUUUGGUGAACGAUAAUGACAUCAUGAGUUUGGAGAAUACAAUAAGAUUGCUAUUCAGCUCUGAUAACAGCAAUGAAAGCAGUCAAACUAAUACCGCCUACAACUUGCUUUCUAAAUAUAUUGCUGACAACAAUAACAACAACAACAUCAACAACAACAAUCAUAAUUAUGCUCAAACAACCUACAAAUCCUGUCUUACUGAACAUCUGACAACAAAUUUAGACGAUGACGACUACAAAAACUUCGAUUACAACAACAACGACAACAACAACAACACUAACAACAACAACAACACUAACAACAACAACAACACUAACAACAACACUAACAACAACACUAACAGCAACAACAACAACAACAACAAUAAUAAUAACGUUGAGGAUCUUUUCGGGCAAAACUACAAUCUCGGUCUCGAUAAUUUCUGUGAGACCCUCUCAAGGUCACUCGAAGACCUCGUCAACACCUUCGACGAAAGGAUUACAAAAAGUUUGAAGAACUUUGACGACAAAGUUCAAGAAUUCGCUCCAGUUCAGAAGUGGGAAGUUAAUGAUGGGGAUGCAGUCAGAGAUUCGGCUUACUUUUCUGACUCGGAGAGAAACGACAACAGAUGGUGCUUGGAAGACUACGUAAGACUCUACCCAGACGUCAGAACCAUGAGUAGCCCGUCGUUGUUUGGGAUGGUGGGGAACUUGGAGGAAAACGUCCAGCUGUUGUCGAAGGUUUUAGUUGGAGAGCUGGCCAAGAGGGAUGAACUGGUCUACGAGAAAGAAACUAAAAAUAGAUUCAUCUGGCUGUUGACAACCGUUCAGCAGAAGAAAGACACUGACCACAACAAGCGUCUCAACACGCUAACAACUUCUAACAACAACAGCAGCAGCAGCAACAACAGCAACAACAAUAAUAAACCUUACCAAGUGGCCAUUGCUAAACUCAAAGACCUUUCAGACAGGAUUACUAACAAAAGAUCAGUGAGUAGUAUUAAUAAAAACAACAAUGAUUAA